AUGGAUAAAUGGCUCAAACAACAACCAUUAAAACGAAAGUCAUCCUCUAGCAUCGCAACUGAGCCGAUGCUCAGCGCAGAUGUCAGUGCAGAUUCAGACUCGGAUGAUGACAAUCAAAAACUGCGGAAGAUUAGGCGAUAUGAUGAGAAGUAUUUGUCUCUUGGAUUUUCGUGUAAACUCAGUGCUGAUAAAACAUUGUUUAAAACAUCUGUGUUUUCCAUGAGCAGCCUCAAAAAAUGUAGCAGAAGUAAUGUGAUUGACUACCUACGGAGUACGUUAUCAUCGUUGCUGGAGCAAUAUUUCAGUUAUGAAUCAUUUUUAGUGCUUCUGUUUGGCGAUCGCAAUAAGAAAAUUGCGUUCAUCAGUACAUUUACAAGAUUAUGCUUGUGUUUGCCAUGCCAUGUCAACUUCGGUCGUCAAAUGAAAGUGUCUAAAAUCAACGAGUUGUUGGACAUAAACAAAACAAUUUUAAGCCGAUUAGCAGGUACGGCUCCGGGCACAAGUUUAAAUAAGUUGCUCAGCAUAACUAAAAAAUUGAAGCUAAAAAUCGAACAAGCCAAAAAAGUUAUCGGCAAGCAAACCACAUGCUCUUCCAGCAUGAAGCCGAUGAAAAUUGAGCCACGUAAGAAAAUGGUUUACGUGGGCAAACUCGAUCAGUGUACACCGGAAGAUGUCAUCUGCCAUUUGAAGUCUAUUAACGUGACUGUCAUAUCAUGUAAGCCGUUAAUCAAAUCUGUCUUCAACAAAAAAAAUAACAGUAUUAACUCAGAUACUCAAGAUUUAGCUACGACAAAAACCAGUGCAGCAUUUAUAAUUUUAUUUUAUGAAUCUGACUUUGACAAAAUCCUUAUCAAAUUUAUUUCACUGGGCAACCCUAAAUCAGAUUUCGAUCAACUUCAAAAAAACAAAUUUCAUGAUAUUUCCGAACAAAAAAACCUGCCGUAUGGAUGA